CAGGGCGCGCGACGGACCGAAGGGGGGGCUAGGGUGCGUCGCGCAGGCGUCGUUCAGUCGCUCGGUCGGGCGCGCCGACGCCACACGCGCGCCAUGGACGACACGCGAGCGCGUGACCGGGCACCUCUCACCGUCAUCGUCGCGCCAAGCAACGCUUCACCCCCUCGACUGUCCCCAGCCGACUUGCUACCAGACGGAGACGCCGCGUUCCAUCCUCUAUCCGUCGUCAAUGGACGGCUAACUCCGCCCGGUCUAGAGCCCGCUUCCUACGCCACUCUAACACCGCUAUUACCUUUACCACCUAUCAGUACAGUCUCGGAUAAGUUCGCGUAUCAUGCAGGUGGCACGUUCACGGUCAUACAACAGCAACAAUCUUAUGCGUCGUUAUCACCAGCGCCGUAUAAUGAGCCGCUGUCUCCCCAAUCCGCUUACAGUAGAAGAAGCGCGUCGCCGAACUCUUUUGAAAGACGCUCACCGACGCCGCCUUUACCAAGUCCAGGACUAGACUUAAACGCUGCCUUAUUAGCGAGAGAAGAGCAGCAAGCGGCUCAGCAACAGCAAGCACAAAAUGACACAGAAGAAAUCAACACCAAAGAGCUAGCUCAACGAAUAAGUGGCGAGCUCAAACGCUACUCAAUCCCUCAAGCGAUCUUCGCUCAGAGAGUCCUAUGCAGAUCACAGGGGACUUUAAGUGAUCUUUUAAGAAACCCAAAGCCUUGGUCGAAGUUGAAAUCAGGACGGGAGACGUUCAGGAGGAUGUGGAAAUGGCUGCAGGAGCCGGAGUUUCAGAGAAUGUCAGCACUUAGGCUUGCAGCGGCCCAGAUUCCUCAGAGAGGCAGCUGCAAGCGCAAGGAGGAGCUGGUGUCGGAUACGCUGCCUUCCCCGAAGAAGCCCCGUUUGGUUUUCACAGACCUCCAGCGGCGUACUCUACAGGCUAUUUUUAAGGAAACAAAGCGGCCCUCAAAAGAGAUGCAGGUGACAAUAGCGCGCCAACUCGGCUUGGAGCCCACCACCGUCGGCAAUUUCUUCAUGAACGCGCGCCGGAGAUCAAUGGACAAGUGGAAAGACGACGACGCACCAUCAACAGACCUAGACCAGCAGCUGGACCACGACAUGGAUCAUGUUCCAAGUCUAGAUUCAGCAGAAUCCGAUGACGAACAUGACGAACAGGACGAUCACCUCUUGUGACGCCGUAUUCCUCAGCAGCAUCUGUUAGUGCUAUGAAGGUUCGGAGUUGUCUUUGAUUUCGAAGCUGCGAGUGCAGGGUAGCAUUGGGAUUCUUUACACGAAAUUAAUUUGGUAGCAUCUGCUGAUAUGAUUUUCAACAAAAUUCUUAGGGCUAGUUGCACCAACCACAUUUGACAGACUGAUCGACGCGCCCCGGCGCUUUACCAUGAAACUUUCCAUACAUAAAAAUUUAGCGAACUCUUUAACGAUACGAACAGUUUGGUGCAACCAACCCUUAGUUUUUUUUGUACCUAAUCUACUGGAAAGGACGUAAAUUUUUAACUUCAGCGAAAAUCUUUCACAUUUAACUAUUUCCAAAUAUUUAUUUUUUAUCGGAUGGUUGUAAAAUUUAAACACUAUUUUUAUCUGGCGUUUAACUAUGAUUAUCUCUUUCUGGAUCAAUAGUGUCGUGUGCAAGGAUUACUUAUGAUCAUGUAGAACUCUACAUGACUAAAAACGAGAUGAGCGGCCACAGUGACUUAAAUAGGUUAGCCAUAUUGUUAAAUCAGUGUUUCAUGAUAAUAAAUGCAAAAAAAAGUUGUGAAGUUAACUAUUAUACACUAUGGUAAAUGAAAAAUAAGAUAGCCCUAAAAAUUAUUUCGCUGUUGAACAUUUUUGUUAUUUUCAAAACCCAAUUUUGUAUCAUUCAAGCAGCUAUCGCAUCUUCGACAACUUCAAACCAAAAAUGUACAGUUAAAGCUAAGAACUAUUACGACGUGAAUUUAGUUAAAGGUGUUGGUUUUCUUUAGGCGAUCACAAAUUAUUGAGUUAUUAUUACUAUAGACCAGCCAUACGUCGCAAUUGUCGGAAUUGCAAACUUUAUGUGGCCAAACGUCGUGAGCGCCGAAAAAAUCAUGGCGCUUACGCGUUUAGUUCGCGAGAUUCACGCUCCGCUUCUAUGGUUUGUUGUCAAAACAACUCAUGGCGCAACAUACUGGUUCUCUGUGCCGUUUUUAUGCGUUAGAGGGAGCAAGUGAUAUUGCUAUCUCAUUCUACCGCAUGGCUGCGUCCCUUGGAGUGGCCGGCGUUGGCCCAUCGUGUAGAGGAGCCAUUAGUAAUAAUAGUUCGAUGUGACUAACGGCAUUUAUUUCACUUUAAAGUUGAAAUUAAUUCCAGUGCUUGCCUUUCGGUCUGAAUACCGCACCAUUAUAAAAAUAUAUUAGUUUGUCCUCCUAAGGCCCAAUGUCCUACCUAUAGUACUUCAUCAGUUCCAUGAAAUUUAAACCAUAUUCAAUUGGAAAAGAGUUGCAUUUUAGUUAAAUUUACAAACAAAUAAAAAUGAACUCUAUUCUCUAUGUAUAGCCUGUAGCCGACCAGAAGGGCUAAGAUGGCCGACUCUGUAUCAUUUGUCACCAUAUCUGUCACGUUCUAACAAGUAUAUAUGUGCGAAAGUGACGCAUGACAUGACAGGUGAUAAUAACGAGACCAUGCCGAUGCAGAUGUCAAAACUUGCCAAGAAAAAUGCAAUUUUGUUUUGCCUCACAAAGAUUCAAAUUCGAAUAGAACAGGAGACCUGUGGCGUCUCCUCUAGCUGUCAUUGCCAACGUCAUGCCACAAUAAUCUAACAGAUGGCGUUAGGGAGUUAGAACGCACAAACUACUAAGAAGAUACUACGUCUAGAACGCAAUUAGUAUGAGAGACCUACAUUGCGUUCUAGACGUAGUAUCCUCUUAGUAGUUUGUGCAGAGACCACAGACCUUUUUAUGCAUCGAAUAAAUGAUGAUGAUUAUGAUUAUAGGAUAGGUUCAAAUUUCAGUGGCAAAUUUUGGGUUUUUCGUUAGUAUGGCUGGGCCUUAGCAGGUUUUUGGUUUCAAACGAGUCAAAAGUCAAGUUAUAGCAAUAUUACCUGGUAGAUAGGAUAGUAAAGGGUACCGCGAAAGGUCGCCUAAAGAACGCAAAGGAUAGAUGAUGAUCUCUAAUGUCGAACGUUUCUAGUCAAACGUAUUCAAAUAGUUAUUAUAAGUUCUAAAUAUAAUUGUUCUGCAGUAAUUUUAGCCGAAAUGUGUAUUUUUAUUUAUGUUGUAGAAACAAACUUAGUCACUUGGAUACACUGCAAAAUACCGUGUUUUUUAUAGUAAGAAUAUGUUGACUUCGUUAAAAUUGAGAAUAUGAAGCCACAAUUUAAACAGAACUCAAUUUUAUACAAAAAUGUUUCUUAUUAAAGUCAUGAGAAACCUUCUUUUUUAUUUAAUAAUUGAAAAUAAUAGUGUGUUCAAGUGACAUACUAAGCUUCAAAUAGUUAAUAGGAACAAUACGCAAAAACUACACCAAAAGUAUGGAGCUAGUAUUUUUGUAGUUUGUACAGCGACAUUUAAUUACAAUUAGCAAAAAUAUCCGAUUAAAUCGGAUCUGAAUAGGAAAAACACUUAAUUUAUUUAGUAUAAAUGAUGACACUCGUAUUUUAUCGCAAAGUAAAAUUAAAAUUAAAAUAAAUUUUAAAAUUAAUGGUUGAUUUUAAAAUUAGGCAAAGUUAUUUUUUUUAAUCAAUAGGAGUUCAUUAUGGAAGUUAUUUAAGGAAAGGGAUCCAAACUGCAAAAUUUGACACUAAAAUUCCAUCUAUCUGUUAAAGAAAAUAUAAUUCAUUAAAAUGACAAGUAUUUGAGGAUGGAUUUGAUCUUUUUCGCUAAACUGCGUCCAUGCUAGGUAAGUAUACGUUUCUAUGAAGUUGAUUCAUCGCAUAAUAAAAGUACAAAAGAUCUGUAUGACAAAAACGUUUUUGUAUAGUCAAGUAUAAAAAUAAGGCUGCACAAAUCAUACUCAAAGAUAUGUCCCAUAGCUCUUAUGUCAGUGAAUUAAGAACUAUGGGACAUAUUUUUGAAUAAGUUGUAUGCACCCAUAUUUUUACACUUGACUGCACUCCUAAUAAAAACUUAACCGCGCUAGUUUUUCUUUGAUGAAUGCGAGUGUCAAAAAGCUCAUUAUUAAUAAUUGUUUCUCUAGUCACGAGAUCUCAAUCGACACAUUCCACUGCGUCAGAACGUCGGGCAGCGUGAUAUUACUUAAAUUAUAAAAAUAACUAGUCAUAAACAUUACAAUCGUGUAAGAAAAGCUUCUCUAACCUCCUUAGUCCCCUAUGUCCUUUUAAAAGGACAAAAACAAAUCGAGUUUUGAACUAUAAUGGAAUAAGAGAAAGUUCCAAGUUCAAAACUGCAAAAAUUAGUCUGGGACUUAGGAGGCUAAUACUAAAGAGAAAUUGACCCUAGUCCGAGUUGUGCAAAGUAGGAAAUAGAUAAAUAAAUAUCAGUAAAGCUUAAUGUAUGUUUUGUAACAAGAUAAGACUCUUGACUUAACCAUCUUUUCAAAAUAAUAAAACUUAUUGCAAUAAUAAUGUUGCAAAAAGCAUCUUUUCAAAAUAAUAAAACAACUUGUUGCAAUAAUAAUGUUGCAAAAAGUAAUUUUAAGAUUAUUUACAUCGUUUAAUUUAAGUAAUUUAAUUUUAAAUAACUUAUUUAUUUGAUUAAGCUAGUCGACUUUUUACCUUUUACCACCAAAGAUAUAAUAGUGAUGUGCAAUUCAUGUUAUUAUUAAAAGAGAAAUAAUUUGUUUAAAAGACGUUCGAAGAUGUGUAGAAAAAUAAUAAUAUGAUGUCUUUAUAGACAAAUUGUGUCUCGAUACACUUAUAAAUAAACAUUAUUAUUUUAUUUAUCAUAGUAAUAAUAAACGCGCAUUUUUUGUUUUGUAUUUAAUGAAAUGCGCACAAUAAGUAUUAUUAAUAAUUAUUGUAAUGAAAAGAACUGUUUCAGCUAGUGUUUUCUGGAUUAUUUCGGUACAGAAUGGAUAUUUUUGUCGAUAUAUAGUGCGCUUUCAAAUGUACAUAGUACGUGAACAUAAUGUUAAGAUUAAAUGUACAUUUUACAAAGA